GCUGCGUACUUUGGUACUUUUAUUUAUAUUUUAUGCAAUUUUUCCAGUUAAUUAUGAAACCAACGUGGAUUAAUUAUUGUUUAAAUUGCAUAGAAUUCAGAAAAUUUUGUGGUGAUUGAAUAUUUUAACCAACGUUGGAUAUUGUUACCACAAUUUAAUACAAGUUUAUGUUUUCUAGAUCAUCCAACGAUGGUUUAGAAUUUUUGUGAUCAGAAAUUUUCAUAGAUAUGACAUGGUUAUUAUUUGACCAACGUUGAAUAUUUAAUUCAUGCAUGUUCUAUGAUUCAGUAUUCAGUAUUUAUUUCAGAUGUCCUAAAUAUUUUCUAUUUUAAUUUUGCAAAGGUGCUCAUACCGCCAUGCUGAUUAGCCAGAUUGCUCAGAUGAAACCGCUAGAUGAUAGUAAUUACCAUUCUUGGCGGGAGGAUAUAGACAUGAUAACCACAGUGGGUGAGAUAGAUUACACACUAAGGUUUGAUAAACCAGUAGAGCCCACAGUGGGCACUCCCAACUAUGACCACAGGUGGAUGCAAUACAGCAUCGACAAGGUCAAGUGGGAGAGAUCAAAUGACAAAUGUAUGAUUAUUCUUAAGAGGAGCAUCAAGGAGCCUCUUAAGAGUUCCAUACCAGAGUGCGAGACUGCCAAAGAAUACCUUGAGAGGGUAGCCUCUCAUCACCAAGGGUCUUCUAAGGCUUAUGCUUGCUCUCUAAUGACAGAAUUUGUCAAUGCAAAAUACGAUGGAAAUGGUGUCAGACCAUUCAUUCAGAAAAUGAUAUCCAUCGUAGCUAAGAUAAACAAGUACCUCGGGUCUCCUUUACACGAGGAAUUUGUAGUAUUUAUGAUAAUGAAGUCUCUGCCCAAGGAGUUUGAGACUUUUCACAUACAGUACAACACUAGUGUCGCUGAUAAGUGGAAUAUAGACCAACUCUUGGCACAGUGUGUCCAGGAGGAAGAGAGGUUAAAGCAGACUGGAGACUCUGUCAACCUCAUCAAAGGCAACAUCCCCAGACAGAACAAGAACUCAAAGAAAAAGUUCAAGAAGCAAGGUAAACAGAAUAACCAGGCUUCCUCGAGCAAUAAUAAUCAGCCAAGACAAGGAGGCAGUUUCUCAGUUCCCCCUGAUAACUGCCUCUAUUGCAAGAAGACAGGUCAUUACAAGAGAAAGUGCCCUGAAUUCCUGCAGUAUCUACUAGAGAGUGGGACUCCGUACAAGCCAAAGGCUCCCAAAGGGCCGAAGAACAAUUAGAGUGGCAAAUGGAGUUGAAGCAGCAGUCGAGGCCAUUGGAGAUAUACAUCUUAAAUUAGUUAAUGGUUUUGUACUGUUGUUGAGAGACGUACUAUAUGUACCUUCCUUGUGAAGGAACCUUAUUUCGGUUUCUAGAUUAGAUGAUCAGCACAUUCAUUGCCAUUUUGGUGAUAGACAGUGUGUCAUUCAGUUUGAUAAUAAAGAUGUUGGUCUCGCCAUCCGACGAGAUAUGCUUUAUUUA